AAUUAUUUGGUGAGGCUCUCUCUUUCGUUUUUGCUCUUUUGUUUCUCCUCAACUCAAGUCAAGCAGAAAUCUCCUCACUUUUACUUCACUGGUCUGGGAGGGAAUUUGCUCCGCUUGCAUCUGCCGCCAUCGGACUCCGAUUCUUCUAUCACCCUGCACUCCUCCGCCGGUUUAACGAGCCCCGGCGAGUUGGGAGGGAUUGCUGAACUGGAUUGAAUGGAGCAGUACGAGAAAGUGGAGAAGAUUGGGGAGGGGACUUAUGGAGUGGUAUACAAGGCUCGUGAUCGAAUCACCAAUGAGACUAUAGCUUUGAAGAAGAUCCGCCUCGAGCAGGAAGAUGAGGGAGUCCCCAGCACUGCCAUUAGAGAGAUUUCUCUUCUGAAAGAAAUGCAGCACGGUAACAUUGUUAGGUUGCAGGAUGUAGUGCAUAGUGAGAAGCGCUUGUAUUUGGUAUUUGAGUACCUGGACCUAGAUUUGAAGAAGCACAUGGACUCUUCUCCUGAAUUCGCUAAGGACCCGAACAUAGUCAAAACAUUCCUGUAUCAAAUCCUCCGUGGCAUUGCUUAUUGCCAUUCUCACAGGGUUCUUCAUCGAGAUUUGAAGCCACAGAAUUUGCUUAUUGAUCGUCGUACCAAUGCGCUGAAACUUGCAGAUUUUGGCCUGGCCAGAGCUUUUGGUAUCCCUGUCAGGACAUUUACCCAUGAGGUGGUGACUCUUUGGUACAGAGCCCCUGAGAUCCUUCUUGGAUCUCGACACUACUCUACACCAGUCGAUGUUUGGUCUGUUGGAUGUAUAUUUGCUGAAAUGGUGAACCAGCGCCCAUUGUUCCCUGGGGACUCUGAGAUUGAUGAGCUAUUUAAGAUUUUCAGAAUCAUGGGCACACCAAAUGAAGACACCUGGCCGGGAGUAACAUCUUUGCCUGACUUCAAGUCUACCUUCCCCAAGUGGCCUUCAAAGGACUUGGCUAAUGUGGUUCCGACUCUCGAUUCAGCUGGUCUUGACCUUUUACGUAAAAUGCUGUGCUUGGAUCCUGUCAAGAGAAUUACAGCCAGGACUGCCAUAGAACAUGAGUACUUCAAGGACAUCGGUUUCGUUCCUUAAAGAGGUAGGCCAAAGAGGAAGAAAAGGUCACUAACUCCCAUCUCUGUGCCCUACAAAAAAAGAAUUGUAUAUGGUUUGUGUAGUAGUAAGUCGGGUCUACCCAAUGUGGGGUUUUUUGGAAGUGUGAGAAGAAAGAACUGUUUCUCUUGAGAGAGUCCAUGGAGAAAGGGAAAAAGAAAACAUCAUAAUGGUGAUGAUGAUGUUUGUUUGUUUGUUUGUUUUGUUUGAAUUUGAUUCCUUAGCUGAAAUUAUUAGCUUGGAGUUCGCUUUUUUUACCAAGGGCUUGGAAAAAAUUAUGGUUCGGUUUCCCUCCUUGGGUUCAGCCGGUUAUUUUGUUGACUGGUUUGUUUCCCCUGAGUCUAAUCAAUUAGUUGCUUCAGCCUUUGACAUAUCAACAGGUAGCUGCUGCUGGGUUGUUGCUGUAGUUUCUUGACAUGCAUAGAAGCUAUAGAAAAGGGCUCUCGAUUCAAAGAUAGUUCUUGUCUGCAUACCGACUUAAAGCUGUAACAGAGUGUGUGUGUUCCCACAACUCAAGCAGGCUCCACAGAGCUUCAAUCUCUGAACAAUGAACAUCUUCCUGUGACUGUGAUGCCAAGCUAAUUAAGUAAGAGCUAUAUCUCGUCGGCCAAAAGCAUACUAUUCGCAAUCUGAUAAUAAUGCUUAGUGGGUAACUAUUCUGUACUCGUUGUGCCGGAACUAAAUUCCCACUCUGUCGCCGUCGUCGGAAGAGAAAACAGAGGCUAGCUACUGAAUGUUUGAUUGAGUUGCGUUCGUAGGGAGACGGAAUGCCGGAAAUCAG